AUGAGUGGGACAGACAAUGACAUUUCCUUCAACCUUUAGCACAACAAGUCUCCUUGCAGUCGGCUAAACAAGAGGACAAAAACACCCGCCGAGAUAACAUCUCAAAGAUAUUAAGUCUAUCAACGUCAUUGUAUGUCAGGAGAGUCAUGGAACAUCUGGGUUGCAGUGCCAUCGUGGCCUUUUGUUUUGGGGGGGCACUUAUUGCAGGUGCACAUCCUCCUGGAUCAGUCCUGGGGAAGAGUCAAGCAUUUAAAAGAAAACUCCUGAUGGAAUAUGAUAAUAACCCUACCUCAACAACCACUGUCCACCCCACCAUGGCUGGUUCCUCCGCAGGCUCUACCUACUUGGCUGUAGCGCUGGCCUCCGCCUUCACUGUCUCCCUGUUCCUCGUGGUGGCCGUCAAGUGCCGCCUAUUCCACCGCUACCUGGCCAGCAACCGCCACUCCCUGCUCCCCGAGGGGGACACAGCCAGCCAGUACAGCCCAGACGAGGUGACCUUCCCUGGGCACGGCAUGGUAGGCCGAGGGGGUGAAGGUAAUAGGACCCAUCGAGGGUUGGAUACAGAUGACGACGAUGGCUUCAUAGAGGAUAAUUACAUCCAGGCCAGCGAGAGGGCGAGGGCGGAGAGUAACGUGGACGACGGGAUGGAAGGAGAGGAUAGUGAUGAUGAUCUCCUGAUUUGAGGUGAUUUGAGGACUGGUUGACAGAAAUAGUUAACAGUUGACUGGCUGACAGUUGUGGGUUCACUUCAUAGAGUCCAAUGCUGUCCAGACCAGGCCUGGGUUCAAAUAAUAUUGGAUUCCUUUCAAAUAUUUCAGCUGUGCUUAAUUGAGCUUGUGUGACACAGCUGAACCAAAUGAAUAGUCUCAAAAGUGAAAAACCCCACCCAACAGGCACUCCAGGCAGGCUCAAUAAAACACUCAGAGUAUUUUAAAGAAAACAAUUACUAUUUGAACCCAGGUCAGGUGAGCAUAUGUUGAAAGAUGACAGAGAUACUGAGAAAAGAUCACGGUCCCACUUAACGACUUACUGUAUAAUUACUGUAUACUUUAAAGGCUUUAUAAAACAUUCAUCAUGUCAUAAAUACCUAAUUAAGCUGUUUGAGAAGGUUUGAAUCUUAAGCAACCUGCACACACAUUAUUUGAAGUACAAUAGACCAACAUAGCUACUGUAGUAGGUCAAAGCUGUGUGCUGGAAAACCUUGGUAGAGCAUGGGUGAAGUACGCAUCGUGGCGCUCAUGUGAAUUUCCUUUAUUUUUCAGCUACAUACCAUUGCCUACUUCUCACUCAAAACGUAGUUUUUUGUUUUUAAUACUACAUAUAGUGAUUUACAAUUUAUUUGUAAGCAAAUACUGUAAAAACAUGAUGAUAUAAUAGGUCAUACAAUCUGAUUCUUUGCCAAAUGUGGCAUAGUAACCCAUAUUAAAAGGGUUUAUGAAGGCUUCAUUAACAGUUAAAAGUGUUUCCUUUAAAGUGGGACAUUUUUCAAGUGGGGGACUAAAUGAGCCUGAGCCACAUUGAAGAUGAGUUGUUACUGUUUCUGAAGACAGCAAUGCAAAAUAAAUAUCCUUGAUUUCUUUGUAUGUACAGUACCAGUCAAAAGUUUGGACACACCUACUCAUUCAAGAGUUUUGUCUUUAUUUUUUAAAGCAUCCCUCAUGAAGCUGGUUGAGAGAAUACCAAGAGUAUGCAAAGCUGUCAUCAAGGCAAAGGGUGGCUACUUUGAAGAAUCUCAAAUAUAAAUAUAAAAUGUAUUUUGAUUUAUUUAAUACUUUUUUGGUUACUACAUGAUUCCGUAUGUGUUAUUUCAUAGUUUUGAUGUCUUCACUAUUAUUCUACAAUGUAGAAAAUAGUACAAAUAAAGAAAAACCCUGGAAUGAGUAGCUGUGACCAAACUUUUGACUGGUACUGUAUAAAGUCUUUUGACACUUUUUAUAUCAUGUAAAAUGUUAAUAAUGUUGAAGAUGCAAGAUCCAAUUAACACUAUGCUCAACAAGUGAUGUUGUUUUGAUAGUCCUUAAAAAUGAACAAUGCUUGUAUGUUACCAUCGAUAUUGAUUUGAUAACUUUAUUAUAAUGUACUGUGUAAAUCAUUUAUUGAAACGUUGCUGUUGUAGAAAAAUGUUAAAUCUUCAGUAAUAUUCUUAGCCACUUUAACAUCUCUGAUGAUCUCUGAUCUCUUUACACCUGGCGCUAACAUGCUUCCUUUGCCCUGAUCUGGUCCACAUUCUCAUCAUGCCCACACAUUUUCAGAAAUAUGUCUACCCACAUGGUAUUGUAAUGUGUCUGUUAUCCGUACAAUGUGUCCGCAUUGUGACUAGAUAUCCUGGUCCCUCCCCUCCCUGAUUGCAAAUUAUUUGACAUCUGUUCUUUCAAAAUAAUCUACAUGUAUUUACUAAGUCAUAUCGAUGCCAUUAGUCAAUGGUGGCACAAUAGUACCACCUCUCAAUGACUUUAGAAAGCGGAUAAUAAUGAUUCGCUGAAGUAUUACAGACAUGGGAACAUUGCCUUUAAAUUUCAAUCCCGCUGUCAUGCUGAAUUUCCGCGAUACUGAUUGAAUAGUGCCCUAAAUGGUUUCAGAUGUCUAGAUCCGUCUACACGUGUAAGAUUUCCAGGCACUAAGCGUGUCUGACUACCUUCCGAGGUGGUCAGGAAGAUCCGAUCACUAUCAGAUUACAAUGCGUCUACAACUGUCUGAAUGUGUGGGCACAAUCAGAAUGUGGACAAAGGACAAAGGACGCAUUCUAGAACCAGGUACAAACGGGGCUAAAGUCUCAUGGAGAAAAUAUUAACCUUCUUGUUUACAGUUCUCAGGUUUGUGCACGCUGUGUCACUUUGUUCCCUGCAUUUCAUAAAAAAAAGCAGAAUACACAAUCUA